AUGCAAGCGAUGCAGGUGGUGGGCUGCAGGCAUCCGUCCGUUGGCGAGAUCAUCGUCGGGGACUUCCUCCUGAGCUCGGAGAACCACGGCCGCCCGGUCUUCAGGCGCACCACGCAGGUGAAGGGUUUCGACGUUUUGUGCUACUUCUGGGACGACCGGGACGGGCCCAGCUACGGCGGCUGGUGGUUCGGGCCGAAGGUUGGCGGAGACCAGGUCUGGGCCUACAACGCCCAGAAGCAGUCGCCCACGCCUCCGACCAGUGGCUGGCAGGUGCCCUACGGCGGCCCGGUCGACCCGGACCUCGUUAUCAGAAUGCAGGGCGCAGGCAUGCAGCAGCAGCAGCAGCAGCAGCCGCAGCAGGCCGCCUACGGCGCUUGCGGCCAGCCACAGCAGGGCGCCGGCUACGGCCAACAGCAGCACAUGGGCUGCGGCGGUGGUUGUGGUCAGCCACAGCAGGGCGCCGGCUACGGCCAGCAGCAGCAGCACAUGGGCUGCGGCGGCGGGUGUGGUCAGCCACAGCAGGGCGCUGGCUACGGCCAGCACGCGCAUCAGCAGCAGGGCUGCGGCGGCUGCGGCCAGCCGCAGCACGGCGGGUGCGGCCAGCAGCCGCAGUACGGCGGGUACGGCCAGCCGCAGCACGGCGGGUGCGGCCAGCAGUAUGGCCAGCAGCACCAGCAGCAGCAGCAGCAGCAGCACCAGAUGCAGCAGCACCAAGUGCAGCAGCACCAGAUGCAGCAGCAACAGCAGAUGCAGCAGCAGCAGCAGCAGAUGCAGCAGCAGCAGCAGCAGCAGCAGCAGCAGCAGCAGCAGCAGCAGCAGCAUCAGCAGCGUACGCAGCAGCAGCAUAUGGGCUGCGGCGGCCAGAGCGGCUGGGGCGGUGCUGGCCAGGGCCAGCAGAACAGCCAGCAGCAGAAGCACGGCCAGCAGCAACAGCAGCAGCAGGGUGGCUGGGGCAGCUCGGGCCAGGGCUCCCAAGGACAGCAGAGCGGUGGCUGGGGCAGCUCUGGCCAGUCGAGCUGGAAGGACUCCGGUUCUAGCUGGAAGGACUCGAGUUCGAGCUGGAAAGACUCCAGUUCGAGCUGGAAAGAGUCUGGAGGAGGCUGGGACAAGAACGACCAGCAGGGCGGCCGGGGCUGGGGCGGCGGCUCGGGGGGCCACAGCGACUGGCAGCAGGACCAGGCCAAGAAGGAGGAGGACGCAAGGAGGGAUGCCGCCCGCAAGCGCAUGGAGGAGGAGAAGGCGAGGGUGGCCGCCGCCCAGGCCGAGCAGCGUGCCAAGAACGAGGCUGCCAGGAAGGUGCUCGAGGAGAGGAAGGCCAAGGCCGAGGAGGAGAGGCAGAAGAAGCUCGAGGAGUUCAAGCAGAGGCAGCAGGAGAUGCAGAGGCAGAAGGAAGAGAGGCAGGCCGAGAUGCAGAAGAAGCAGAAGGAGCAGCUUGCCGUCGGCAAGAUCAGGAUGGCGCUGCAGAAGUUGCGGCUCGCGACCCCCGAGAACAUAGAGGAGCUGGAGAAGAACGCCCAAGAGGUCCAGGAACCUGGGCCGAGAGGCCGCACAUCGAGGGCGUGCUGGACGCGAUCGCGGCCGAGGCCGAGCAGGCCCUCGCCACGGGCAGGAAAAGGGUGGAGACGCUCGUGGAAAACCGCGCAAAGGAGCAGGCCAAGAAAGAUGCAGAAGAGAAGCAGAAGGCCGAGCGGGAGGCCAAGGCGAAGGAGCUAG